AUGCAAAGUGCUUUAGUAGGAUCCUGGCACAACACUGGCUUUUAUGGGCACUACAGAGGCCAAUUCAAGAGUGAAAGUGCUCAAGAAUACCGUCUUGCAGCCAAGCCCCAGCCUCCAGCAGUGUUCCUGCGGCGAUGUCAGGAGCCAGCACAGCAACACUUCUUCUCCAAGCAUGACAACCGUACUUCUUUCGACAAAGAGGGCCCCUACUGCCUGCUGCAGGGAAUCGGAAGGCGAAAAGACCUGGAGCACCUGUGGCAGCAGCACACCUUCCUGCGCUGGGCACCCUGUGAGCUGGAGUUGAGCCAGCAGCGGCCCCUUGAAUCCUCCUACCAGGCCAAUUUCCGGUCAGGCCCUGGACUCAGUGACCUCCCCCAGCGCCUUGUCCACUUUGUGCAGAUCCAGCCUCCCCAUACCAGCACCACCUAUCAGCAGAACUUCUGCCAACCAUCCCAGGGUGGCCAUUGUGGCAGCAACAAUGUGGGGCCAGUCACCAACACACUGCCUGACCUCCCAGGGAUCCCAAGACCCAAGCUGCUGCAGCAUUACCUUCAUGCUGGGGUCUCUGAAUGUCUAAACUGGUCCAGAGCAUUAAACAAGGAUGGCUAA